AUGCCUCGCAUGUCGUGCGCUCACAAAAUGAGCGCUAACAAAAAAAUUGAACGGGUCGAUACUUUGAUAACGUUCCUAAAAAGCGCCAGUGCACAACAGGGGAUCACUUCAGGCGCCAAUCCCGAAUGCCUCUAUAAGGACGAUUACGGUCAGAAGACAUUAAUGGAUCGUGUCGAUAGCGGAACAGUAUGCGAUAAGUGUGUGGUGAAGUUCCAUGAUUUCUUGGAGUUUGCUGGAACAAUCUAUGAAGAGAUGUGUGAACAGACACCAAUCAAUAUUGUACGAGGCCGCAAAUGUGCAAGCGGUCUACUACCGAUGUGUAUGGACGGUGGCGGGAUGCGUGGUCUUGUAUCCGUCGUUUGUCUACUUUUCGCUUCGAAGCGGUUACUGGGCGACGAAACACUGGUCAAUUACUUCGAUUGGCUUGUAGGCACAAGUACUGGAUCGAUGCUAGCCUUGUCAACGGCUAAUGGCUGGACACUCACCGAGUGCUUUUUCCUUUAUUGGAACAUGAAACGCCAGAUAUUUCUAGAAGGUUCGACUAUGUCACGAUUGCUCGGCGAUCAGGUCACAACGCAAACGAGGAACAUUGAAAAGGUGUUGGCAGACUGUUUCAAAACGCAAUCGUUCCAAAAAUGCGAUCGACGACUGACCGUUCCUGCCCUUGAUAUUUCGAUGGCUCCUGCGAAGCUGCAUAUCUUUAGGAACUACUCCUUCACCCGCCCUUUCGGCGCUCCCCUCGAUGAGGAACAGGACAUCAUGUUCAAGGACGCCGCCCGAGCAAGCAGUGCGGCACCGACCUACUUCGAACCGUUUUCCUACCAGGGCAAGAAGUUUGUCGACGGGUCUUUUGUGGCCAACUACCCGCUCAACAUUCUUUUCAAGGAAGUUGACUCGUUUUCGAGGCACAACAAUAAAGUCAAGUUGGCUGGUGUGGUCUCCAUCGGCACUGGAGAACCAGCACAGUCGGAACGGAAGUACAAAAGUGGCACAACAAUUCGAUCGCGAGCCAAAAAUAUGGCGCAUCUCAGUACGCUGAUACUUGAACAGAUAGUCCCUAGGACUUCUGCUGAUUGCGCCGGUUAA